AUGUAUUUAAACACAUGGAGAAAACAACAACUUUAUAAUAAAGAUGGUGAUUUAAUAAUUAGGACACAGGACAAAGGAAACCGUUUCGUAAUUGUAGACAAAGUAACUGACAAGGAAAAGGCAAAACAACAGAUACAAAGGAGUUCCUUCGUAACAUUAGAACAUGAUCCAACUUUACAACACAUCCAAAAGGUGAAAGAUUGGGCUGAAAAAUGGUUUAAAAAUGGUGAAAUAUCAAAGCAAUGGAAAGAAUAUAUAGUGAAUGAGAAUGCCUGUCCAGGCAAAAACUCCACUCUUUACAAAACUCACAAGGCUGGUACUCCAGUACGAUUACUUACUUCUGGUUGUAACACUGCUAUCGAGAAUUUAGCUAGAUUUCUUGAAGUUAUAUGUGCACCGUUUACUGAAAAUAUGCGUAGUAGAAUUAAGAACACGUCUCACUUACUGGACAUUAUUGAUUCAAUUAACGAAAAAGGCAUACCUGAUCACACUCAAUUGGUAUCUUUUGAUAUUGUUAACAUGUUUCCUAGCAUUGACAAUAGAAAUGGUUUAGAUUCCGUGCGAAAAAUCAUGGAUAAAAGAAUAUUUAAGAAACCAUCGACAGAAUGUAUUAUGGAUGCGUUAGACUUAUGUCUUUAUAAUAACAAUUCUGUUUUCGCAAAUGAGCACUUAUUACAAACGAAUGGCACAGCAACAGGUGCACCUAAUUCUUGUUCGUAUGCAGAUAUAGCUGUAUCUUCCAUAGACGACGCUGUUUUUGAAAAAAUGCAUUCUUCUUAUCCUGAAAUAUUGUAUUUUGGUCGUUAUAGAGAUGACUGCCUAUCUUUAUGGUGUGGUAGCAAUGACAAGUUACAAGAAUUCUUUGUUUUUAUGAAUUCUAUUAACCAAGAUUUGAAAUUCACAAUGGAAAUUGGAGGUGAUAAACUCUGUUUCCUUGACCUGCAAAUGUCAUUGAAAGAUAACAAAAUCAGUACAACUGUUUACAGUAAACCCACAGAUACUCAUUUAUAUCUUCACGCAACAUCCUGCCACAAUAAAAGUUCUAUUAGAGGUAUACCAAAAGGUAUUGCAUUACGUCUUCGUCGGAUCUGCAGUAACAAUACUGAUUAUAAUGAGAAAUCAAACAAGUACUGUGGUUAUUUAACAAAAAGAGGUUAUAAUAAAAGUGUCAUUAAGAAAACAUUUCAACAUAUAGGAACAAUAUCACGCUGUGAUGCUAGGAAAAAGAUUACCCGCAAUAAUUCUAAAACAAGAGUUAUCUUCUCCACAAAGUUCAACCCUAGAGGACCCGACAUCAAAACCAUUGUCCAGACCCACAUGCCCAUUAUUAGUAAUCAUCCAGACUUGUCGCGGCUGUUUCCAGAAAACAGUAUAUUGGUUGCAUAUAAAAGAGAGAAUAACUUAAGGGAUUUAAUAUUACGUGCUGAUCCUUACAACAUCAAGUCUGAUUUAUCAAACGACAAUGCAGCAGGUUAUGUGAAAUGUAAAAAUAAAAAAUGCGACUCCUGCAAGAAUUAUGUAAUUGAAACCACUUUUGUAGUAUCAAAAGCAACUGGCAGGAAAUUUAAAAUUCGUCGCGAAAGCAGUUGCAGUUCAAAAAACGUUAUAUACGUUGCUUUUUGUAAAUUAUGUGGUAAGCAGGGUGUUGGAUCCACCGUUGCUUGGAAGCCUCGACUUUCGAAUUACAAAUCCCACAUUAAAAAGAAGAUACCAUCUUGCAAAGUUGUGAAACAUUUUAUUGAUGAAUGCCCUAAUGCCUCCGUGCAAAAUAUUGGGUUUAUUAUAGUUGAUGUUGUGAACAAUGGAGAGAAUUUAACAAACAGGCAAAUUGAUAGUUUGCUAUUAGAUAAAGAAAAAUUCUGGAUAGGGACACUCGUCACACAACAUCAGGGACUUAAUGGUUCUCAUGACUGGAAUAGAACUAAAAGAACAGAAAAAUGCAAGUUGUAG